AAAUUGGUAUAGCUUGCUUUUUCGCGCAUACAAUUAUAAUUUGUUAUUUGCUUUGGUUAAGCCGUUCAAUUACAAUAUUCUCACAACGACGUAACUAUUUCUUCGACCGAAUGAUACUAUUGUGGUACUAUGAAGUUGCACAAUGGAGCUUUCCGAAUCGCGAAAUCUUGUUAAAGAUUUAGAUUUAACUCUUCAACCGCGAAUUGCUCCGCGAUACAAAACUUGGCUAUCUCUCGCAACCCAACAGUUACGGCUCAGAGGUUUAAUACAAAUAAUAGGCUAUAAUCUUGAAGCUAAUGUAAAUGGAGAGAUAUGUUGGUUUUAUUAUACAUUACAUAGAUCAAGCAUGUCAUCUCCAUUGUAUACCAGCGAAGCAAUUGAUAAUUCUAAUCCAAGAUGGUCAAUUCUUGAAGUACCAACCCUGUAUGCUACAGGUUAUUCAACGGCUAGUGAGAUUAUCCUGAGAGUAUGGAAACGCUCAAUGCCAUAUGAUAACACAGCUGAUGUAACUCUCUUUACAUGGGGAAUAUCAUUCACAGGAUUGGCAUAUAUUGGUCCUAAGUUACCAUCUAAUCUAGAAACUAUUUUAAAGGAAAAUUCUUUGAUAUUCCAUUUUCAUGGUGGAUACUUUACUCCUGCAUACUGCUUUGCAGCAACUCCAGAUUUGAAACGCUAUCUUCAUAUGACUAUAAAUGUUUCCGAAAUAAAGAAUAGUUAUACCGUAAAUAAGCUUAGCAGUUUAAGAAGCAAAAUGCAGGCACUAAAGCAACAAACAGAAUCGGUGCAAGCGCUCAGAACACGAAUUGCCUCUGGUGAUGAUUUUCAUACUCCCAAAUAUCCACAGACAACUUUGAACAGAUUGUUGCAACCACGGAGAGUCAACAGGGAAAAGAAGUUAGAAAUUAUGAGAAUACGUAAAGAGCUAGAAAUGGCUAAAUUUAGAACAAAAUUGCUAGAACAAGAAAGAUCGCGAAAAAUGGGAGAAAUUCGCAUACUAAAUCAAUUACAUACUAAUAUGACAGAAGAAAAUCAAGAUUGUUGUUCUGACUUAAUGGAAAGAUAUAGAGAGUUGAAUAAAGACAUAGAAAAACUAAAUGAAUGGCGGCAAAAUCAUAUAGAUACGAGGGAAACAUAUCUGCAAUUGAGCAGUCAACUUGCACAGAGGCGACGACAAUUAAUCUCUGAACUAUGUUUAAUAUAUCCUAUUAAACAGGAUAGCAUUGGAAAGUUUAGAAUAAAUGAUGUCUAUUUGCCAGACAGUGAAGAAUUGGAAUUAUCAAAUGAUACACAAGUGGCUGUGGCAUUGGGUUUCGUUGCACAUACAACGCAAAUGAUUGCAAGUUUUUUGAAUGUACCGACCAGAUAUCCUAUUGUACAUUAUGGCUCGCGCAGUAAAGUUAUAGAUCAUAUCACAGAAAAUUUGCCUGACAACGACAGACAAUUUCCAUUGUUUGCUCGAAGCAAGGAUAAGUUACAAUUCCAUUAUGCUGUAUAUCUAUUGAAUAAAAAUAUAGCACAACUUCGAUGGUAUUGCGGUCUUCCGACCACCGAUUUAAGAGCAACGUUGCCGAAUCUCGCCACGCUAAUCAACGUUAAACCCAAUCAAUUACAUUUGGACGAUUCAAAACGAACAUUUUCUACUUCAUCUUUGGAUACUGAAAGUGGUAAUGGUAAACAAAAUCCAUCUCUCACGCCACCAUUGCAAAAAAUCAUUUUCGAGAAAUGUCAUCGUUCUUCUCGAUCAAUGAGUCAAUUAAAGAAUAUAAAGGCAUCUCUUGGAUCUUCUCUGGAUCAAGGUUUAGACAAACCUGUACAAUUAUCUGCACUAGGUAAUCAGUCAAAGCGAAUUUGUAAAUCAGAAGAGAGUGCCAUUGACAAUAAAACGUUAGUUCUGGCUAAAGAUAGGUCGAGUAUUAGUAGUCAUGAAACAUUAAAUAGUGCCAUUCUGAACAAUAUUGAUAAUAUUACUCUUAAACAUAAAGAAAAUUUUGUCAAAACUAGCGAUAAAGUUGUUAUAGAGAGCAACAUUGAAAUUAUGAUACCUACAUCUGUUUCUAAAGCAAGGAAUGUCGCAGAUAGCUUGGAAAGUUCCGUGAAUGCUCGAGAUAGAAGUUCUAAUUCUAUAAGCAGCUGUGAAAUGGCUCUCAGUAGCCAAAAUGAUAUAGAUGAGGGUUUAAAUGAUAACCAUGUUAUUAGGAAAGAAAAAAUUGACGACAGUAUGUUUUCGAUUGACGAUAAUUUAAAAAAUGUCAAAGAUGUGAUAGAUAAUACUUUGAAGAAUGGCGAAUAUAGUAAAAGGCGUAAUUCUAGAAAUGAUAUUUCACAAAGUUAUGACAUGAAUAAUACAAUCGUCAGCGAACAAAAUAGCAGUGGUCAUGGACAAGACUCGCUUACAGAAACUGCCAUUCAGAGUAAAGAAUGUUUUGUUAAAUCGUGUUCAUCUUUGGAUGAUGUGUGUACCUACGAGGAAUCGGAACAGAAACAAAAAACAUAUUCCAUUUGUAGCUAUACGGAAGAAUAUACAAAGAAAACUACAUUACGACAAAAAUGUAGCCCUGAAUCCAGAGAGAAUAAAGUAGAUUAUCUUCAACAUGCUGAAAGAUGGUCUCAGGAUGUUGUAAGAAGCGAACCAACGGUGGAUACAAGGUCUAUUUUAAAUGCAUCAAGUGAAUUUAUAGACGUCAUUAGACGCAGUUCAGAAAAUGUAUGUGCGCGCACCGAAGCUUUAGCUAAUAAGAAAACUAGUUUCAAAGUUAUGAAACCGCGUCUUUAAUA